GUUGCGAUUUAAAAUUUAGAACACUAGACAAUUUUAUCAUUUUAUACUGUCCACCAUUAUCUUAUCAAAAACGGUCAUAGAAUUUACUUUCCCAGUUUUGUUUGUUAACGUUUGUUUGUCGUAUCUAUGGUUGAUUUGGCCGUGACAUUUUGAGCCGUGGUGGUAUCCUGUAUCCAUGGUGAUGUUAGUGCAACCCUCCUUCGUGAACUCUGUUACUUGGUUGUCUAUUGAUCCGUUUGCUUUGUCAGUGUAGUACGAUUCAACGAGAAUCGAUUGCGCAAGUCGCUAAAAAUUUAAUUCACCAUCCACAACCUUCGCUUCGUUGCAAAAAUCGAACUCAUUCUCUAUAAUUGACCGGUUAAUUAUUCGCCUAAUUCGACUAUAAGUGAGUAUACUUCAUAUUGUGUUUGAAUAAUAUUUAUAACUCAUCAAAUAAAACUUUAUGUUGAAUACUCGUAAUUUUGGAUUUUUAGGUUUCUAUUCUACUCAAUACUUGUUCAAAUAAUAUCUAUCAGUUUCGUUCUCAUUCGUAUGUUCAAUGUUUUUUUUUUAAUCAUAAUCUCAAUAAUUGUUACUUAUGUUAAUUUCUAUAGUGAAUCAGUUAAACAAAUUAUAUUAUUUCCUCUAUCAUUUUAUUAUUAGCUAAUAAGAAAAGAACAAUCCUCCAUUUUAAUUUUAUACAUGGACAAUCCAUCCCUAGUUUAAUUUUAAUUUAAUUCCCUUAAAAGUUCAAAUAUAUGGUAUUUUAAUAUACAGGGUGAUUAUUUAAUCAUGCUCACCUCAUUUGUAUGGUUAAAUAUUGUAUAAAUUCAAAUUCUGAUUUUAGAAAUUUUUAAGCAUAAUGAAUGACAAUAUUUUGCAUUGGUACUUAGAUUUUGUGGCGAUAACAACUUUGGUUUUUCAAAUGAGAAUCUACAUGUUUGAAUGCAAAAUUGUCAAUCAGAUGAUCUUCCAAAACAUUUUAACGUAUUGUAAUUGAAAUUUGAAAGAAAAGUUUCUGAGUUAGUUCUACUUUAGGCACCUAAAUGCAAAAAUGUCCUAUACACUAUUUCUAUGUAACAGUAGGAAUCCAAUCUCCAUAAAUGUUAUUAUUUUUAGUUCACUAUCUAUUACUACACAAAUUAUCAGAAUUUGAAUUGAUACAUAAUUUAACCAUACAAAUAGGGUGAGCAUGUUUAAAAAAUUGCCCCAUUUACAUGUAUAGGCACUUGUAUAUUAUACAAUCAGAUAUAUAUUUUUAUUUAGAUUUGUUUUAUCAGUAAUAAAUUAACCAGCAAAUAUGCCUACUACGGGACGGAAAAAGUCCGGUGGUUCCAAGUUUGAAUUUAGUGAGAAACAAUUGGCGGAUAUAAAAGAGGCAUUUCAAUUGUUUAACAGGGAUGGAUCUGGAUCGAUUGAAACCAAAGAAUUGAAGGUAUUUAGAAAGCUUUUCAAUUGUACAAUACUUUAUAAUAUUAACUCAAUUUUUUCUCUUAUUAUGAAUAACAAAAUUGGGUUUGAAAUAAAUCUGAUUUUGACAACAAUAUAUAGUGUUUACAACUAAUUUCACACAUUUAAUACUGUAUAUUUUUUUAGGUAGCCAUGAGAGCUUUAGGAUUUGAACCCAAAAAAGAAGAAAUCAAACGCAUGUUGAACAGUUUGAAUAAGCAGCAUAAUAGUAAGUGAUUCAUUUUUUGUUUUUCAAGAUUUAAUUUUCUAGAAGUUUAUAGUUUAUAAUUGUAAACUGUAAUGCUCAGAUAAAAAAGAUAAGGAAUUUUUUAGGUUUGUGUAUAGAAUGAUUUUUGUGUAUGAUAUUAUCUAGCAAACAAAAUUUAAAACAGUUUAUUAUCUUUAAAUAACUGUAACUAUUUUGUUGAAUUAUGUUUUAUUUGGAGUUUAAAUAAUUUUCAACUGAAAUUGGUGUUGUGAAUUUUUUGACUUGCUCUUGUUUGCAUAUUUUACUUAUAAAAAAUCAACCAUUAGAUGAAUCGGAUGUUUUGUGUUUUCUUAGUUCUUAAUAACAAAAUCUUCACCUUCAUUCCAACUAUUUAUUUUAGGGUCUACCACCCUUGUUGUAAAUGUACACUUAACCUGAUCUCCCAUACACCAGUUGUUUUCAUAUCAUUCUUAAAUGGUAAAUAAAAUAAUUCAAUAAUUAUUAAAAGCUAACAUGUUAUUCAGGUUUCAUAACAUAUGAAGAUUUUAUCAAUUUGAUGUCAAUGAAAAUGGCAGAUAAAGAUUCUAGGGAAGAAAUUAUUAAAGCAUUUAAACUUUUUGAUGAUAAUUGCUCUGGUAAAAUAACGUUUCAAAAUUUAAAACGCAUUGCACAAGAAUUGGGAGAGAAUAUUGCUGACGAAGAACUUCAGGUUAUUAUAACAGAUUUUACGAAUAUUAAUAUAUUUAUUAGUUAUUCCUUUAUUUUAAUCUAUUUUCAACAAGUAUAUUCUAUUUAUAUAUAAUGUAUUAUAUUCUAUAAACUUUGUACUCAAAAAAAUUAUUAUAUUAAUUUGGAAGAAAAAAAAGAACUAUAUUAAAUAAAAACUUUAAAUUUAAGAAUUACUAACAAUGAUUUUUUUUCCUUGUGAUAGCUGACUGAUAUCAGAUAUAUAUUUGUUUACUAAAACAAAUAUUUUAAAAUCAUAUUAAUGAUAGUGAAAUAUAAUUGUAUAAAUAGAUAAGACCUUAGAUAAGAAUUGGUAGACCAUAGACGAAAUAUCACCAAAGGCGCAAUUUGCAACUUUGGUGUUUACUAUAGACCAGUGGUCUAGUUAAAACUUUCAUUUUGUCCCCAAAAUAUAGACAUUUAAAACUUUGAUUAAAGAAAAAUAGUAUUAAUACUACUAAAAAUAGAAAUAUUAAUCUUUGAUCUUACAUUCAAAUCAAAUUUGUAUUGAUUCAAUUUUAACUCAUUAAAUAAUACAUUUUCCCUUUUUUAAAUUUAGUAUGUAAUUGUUUUAAGAGAUUACUCAUAUUUUAUUUUUAUGUAAUAAUUUAUUGAGAUUGCAUUAUUAUAUUUCAGGAAAUGAUUGAUGAAGCUGAUAAAGAUGGUGAUGGUGAAGUCAGUCAAGAAGAAUUUCUUCAAAUUAUGAAGAAAACUAAUUUAUAUUAGAUGAUUAACUAUUUGGUUUUAAGUUUUAUUAUAUUUAUUUGUGUAUACACAUAUAUUUUUUAUCAUUUUAAUCUUUUACCAUUGAAUUUUACUCUACCUUGAAACAGAAAUGUUUUUAUUAUUAGAAAUUUAAUUUAAUUAAAAAAUCUCAAUUAUCUAGUAAUAUUUUUAUAUUUUCAGUUUAGGAUAAAGGUAUUGAACCCUUGUUUAACUAUAAACUACUAUUAAAACUUUUCUGAUUUUAACCAAAUUAAUAUAUCUAUCAUCAAGAUUUUAGUGUCUGUGUUAAUCAUUAAACCAUCAUUAAGCCAUCAAUGGUAUAGCCAGGAUUUUUUUAGGAGGGGGGGUGUUUUUGUAAUUUUGUAACUUUUUUUUGUUCAUGUAACACACAUAACAUACCUAUACUUAAUAAUUAUCUGUGUGUUACACAAGACAUCUUGUAAAUGAUGUAUAACUGCAUAUAGUGAAAAUUAUAAUUUUUGAAAAAAUAUAGUCAAAAGGGGGCGUUGAACACCAAAACACCCCCUCUCCCUACGCCACCCACUGUCAUUAAUUGACUAAUAAAUUGUAUCUUAAAUAGCGUUAAUGUUGUUAUCAAAACAUUCUUAUUUUUAUUACCUUAAUAAUAGUUUUACACUAUAAAAAAAAAAUUAUCACAAAACUACACUUGAUGCUUUGUUAUUCCAAUAU